CGGCCCAGGAGAGAAGACAGCUAUGGCGCGAGCUCUGCAAGGACGGGUGGAAGCCGCGCAAGUCGACUGGCAUGACUAAGGACCACCGAUAUGUCAGACCUGGAGUCAAAGGGCGCCUGGAUGAAUCAAGACGUGGAAUUGAUUUUUUUAUGAAGGUGAAUACUGCGCUUUGAUGCUGAGACUACACAGCUAACAGUGCUUUGUAUUGGCAGGUGAGGCUGAGCUAAUGGUAUUUGCGCGCCGGUCUGGUUGGCUUGAAUUGCCAGUACCACGAGUCGGCAUCACUGUUCGGCUCCGAUGGGCAAGCUAGCUGCGUAUGCAGUGGCCGGGAGGCAAGUGCCAUGCCCCGACGACUCGAAACCUACGACGUUAAUUUCUGUGGGCUUGGGGCAGGAGCCCGCUUCGCCUUUGGUGACCGCCCCUGUGAGCCAGUCUCUCACCGCCCUGCCCUCAACCUGCUCGAUAAGUCGUGAAUUGGAGGAUGCAGUUGCUGAAGUGGACCGAGCCGUCGAUCCUGACGAUAUUCUAGAAUCUACAGAACAAGCCUUAGGACCAUGCAUCACUAUUUCGAAGUCUACAUACCAUACCGGUGUGGAAAGGUUAGCUAGUUUGAACGACGAAGAGACCAGCAGUGUGCAUGGCGAAGCCGUCGAGACCGUGAGUAUUGACGUCUUCGACAGCGGCCAAUUUAUGAAUGGGCUGCGAGCGAAAAAUCUAUUCGAUUCGAUCCCUGAUGACGACGUGAAUCUGGUGGUUGCAGCGGACCUGAGCGACUCAGAGUCUGAUGCCGACGACGAUAAUGUCAUGGAAGACAACCAGUGCCCCCCCGGAGACGACGGAAGAUUCUCUGCUCGGCAUGUUCUUUUACUUCCUUCCAAAACAGCUGUGGAAGACGGAGCGGUCCCUCGUGGAACGUUUUCGCGCUUCAUGAAGCGAGAUCGCUUCGAAGCAAUCAUGCAGUUCCCGCAUUUCAACAACAACGAGGGUAGCGGAGCACACGAAGACAAAGCUUGGAAAAUCUGA